UAUGCUGCAGAGGAGGGGGCUGUUGUGGCUUGCUGUCUUGAUAACCCUGUGGGUUUCCUCAGAUGCUCAGGAUGGUGACAAGGAAGAGGAGAUUACCUUUGAUUUACUUCAAAUCAGUAACAUAAACCGAAAGACAGUUGGAGCAAAAUUGUUUCGGGGUCCAGACCCCGCUAUCCCAGCAUAUCGUUUCAUUCGGUUUGACCACAUACCGCCAUGUAAACCAGAGAAAUUAAAAAAGAUUGUCAAACUCAUACGGCAGAAUGAGGGCUUUAUCCUUUCAGCCACCCUGAGACAGGACAGGCAAUCUAGAGGCACUAUCCUUGCUUUAGAGGGUCCUGGCAUCAGUGAGAGGCAGUUUGAGAUCAUUUCCAAUGGCCGGGCCAACACCCUGGACCUUAUCUAUUGGGUGGAUGGCUUCCAGAACGUGAUUUCCCUGGAAGACGUGGACCUCGCUGACUCACAGUGGAAGAACCUCACCGUGCAAAUAACAGGCGAGAACUACAACCUCUAUGUCGGCUGUGAUCUUAUUGACAGCUUCAUCCUGGAGGAGCCUUUCUAUGAGCAGCUGAAAGCAGAGAACAGCAGAAUGUAUGUGGCGAAAGGGUCCAUUCGGGAGAAUCAUUUCAGGGGUCUUUUGCAAAAUAUUCAGUUAAUCUUUGAUACUUCAAUAGAGGAUGUUCUGCGUAAAAAAGGAUGCCAGAGAAGCCAGUCAACUGAAGUGAACACCAUCAAUGAGAGCACUGAAAUCCUUCACUUGAGCCCUGCUGUCACAACCGAGUACGUGGGUGAGAAAUCAGAGAAGGCCGAGUUCUGCGAUCGCUCCUGUGAAGAGCUGGGAACGAUGUUCACGGAGCUCACUGGCUUGCGCAUCGUGGUGAACAACUUAGCUGAUAACCUCCAAAAAGUGUCUGAAGAGAACCAAAUUAUGUGGGAAUUGAUUGGGCCUAACAAAACACUGAAGAACCAGUCGGUUUGCUGGCAGGAUGGCCGUGUCUUUGCAGAUAAUGAAAGCUGGAUUGUAGAUAGCUGUACCAAGUGCACCUGCCAGGAUUCUAAAAUUGUGUGCCAUCAAAUCACCUGCCCAGCAGUCUCCUGUGCUGAUCCAUCUUUUGUUGAAGGCGAAUGCUGUCCAGUCUGCUCUCACUCUGAUGACAGUGAGGAAGGCUGGUCACCAUGGUCAGACUGGACAAAGUGCUCAGUUACCUGUGGCUCUGGGACUCAGAUGCGAGGAAGGUCGUGUGAUGUCACCAGGAGUGCUUGUACAGGCCCGCACAUCCAGACAAGGAUGUGCAGCUUUAAGAAAUGUGACCAUCGCAUACGUCAAGAUGGUGGCUGGAGUCACUGGUCUCCCUGGUCUUCCUGUUCAGUUACCUGCGGAGUUGGAAAUAUCACCCGGAUCCGCCUCUGCAAUUCCCCUAUCCCCCAGAUGGGUGGGAAAAACUGUGUGGGAAGUGGGCGUGAAACAGAGAAGUGUGAGAAGGUUCCAUGUCCAGUGAAUGGCCAGUGGGGUCCUUGGUCUCCGUGGUCUGCCUGCACUGUUACCUGUGGAGGAGGAAUUCGUGAGCGAUCUCGCCUCUGUAACAGUCCAGAGCCACAGUAUGGAGGAAAGCCCUGUGUGGGAGAUACCAAGCAACAUGAUAUGUGCAACAAGAAGGAUUGCCCAAUUGAUGGGUGUUUGUCAAAUCCUUGCUUUCCUGGAGCAGAAUGCAACAGUUACCCAGAUGGGUCUUGGUCAUGUGGGCCAUGCCCAGCAGGUUACCUUGGCAAUGGUACCGUCUGUGAGGAUCUUGAUGAGUGUAUAGCUGUGUCAGAUGUGUGCUUUAAGGUGAAUCAGGUCCAUCGCUGCGUGAACACAAAUCCAGGUUUCCACUGCUUGCCAUGUCCUCCACGCUAUAAAGGAAGUCAGCCCUAUGGGGUAGGGCUGGAAGUUGCCAAGACAGAGAAGCAGGUCUGUGAACCUGAGAACCCAUGCAAGGACAAGACACACAGCUGCCAUAAGUCUGCAGAGUGCAUCUAUCUCGGCCAUUUCAGUGAUCCUAUGUACAAAUGUGAAUGUAGGACAGGUUAUGCUGGCGAUGGACGCAUCUGUGGUGAGGAUUCGGAUUUGGAUGGCUGGCCUAAUAAUAACUUGGUCUGUGCUGCUAAUGCAACAUACCAUUGCGUGAAGGAUAACUGCCCCCUUCUGCCUAACUCUGGCCAAGAAGACUUUGAUAAAGAUGGCAAAGGAGAUGCCUGUGAUGAGGAUGAUGACAAUGAUGGUGUUGAAGAUGACAAAGACAACUGCCCUCUUCUGUUCAACCCUCGUCAGUUUGAUUAUGACAAGGAUGAAGUUGGUGACCGCUGUGAUAAUUGCCCCUAUGUGCACAACCCUGCUCAGAUUGACACAGAUAAUAAUGGGGAGGGUGACUCAUGUGCUGUGGAUAUUGAUGGAGAUGACAUUUUUAAUGAACGAGAUAAUUGUCCUUACGUCUACAACACAGACCAGAGUGAUACAGAUGGUGAUGGAGUUGGUGAUCAGUGUGAUAAUUGUCCGUUGAUGCAUAAUCCAGACCAGACUGAUGCAGAUAAUGACCUCGUUGGUGACCAGUGUGACAACAAUGAGGACAUAGAUGAAGAUGGCCACCAGAACAACCAGGAUAACUGCCCUUACAUCCCCAAUGCUAACCAGGCUGACCAUGAUAAAGAUGGUAAAGGAGAUGCCUGUGAUCCUGAUGAUGACAAUGAUGGUGUCCCAGAUGACAGGGACAAUUGUCGCCUCAGAUACAACCCUGAGCAGGAGGACUCUGAUGGUGAUGGCAGAGGUGAUAUUUGCAAAGAUGACUUUGACAAUGACAAUGUCCCGGAUAUUUACGAUGUAUGCCCUGAAAACAAUGCCAUCAGUGAAACUGAUUUCAGAAAGUUCCAGAUGGUCCCCCUGGACCCCAAGGGAACAGCUCAGAUUGAUCCCAACUGGGUUAUUCGCCACCAAGGCAAGGAACUGGUGCAGACUGCCAACUCUGAUCCUGGAAUAGCCGUAGGCUACGAUGAGUUCAGCUCUGUUGACUUCAGUGGGACGUUCUAUGUUAACACAGACCGUGAUGAUGACUAUGCUGGCUUUGUGUUUGGCUACCAGUCCAGCAGUCGGUUUUAUGUUCUGAUGUGGAAGCAGGUCACUCAGACCUACUGGGAGGACAAACCCACUAGAGCUUAUGGCUAUUCUGGUGUGUCGCUCAAAGUAGUGAAUUCAACAACUGGUACCGGUGAACACUUGAGAAAUGCUCUCUGGCACACAGGAAACACCCCUGGACAGGUGCGUACUUUGUGGCAUGAUCCCAAGAAUAUUGGCUGGAAGGAUUAUACUGCUUACAGGUGGCAUUUGAUUCAUAGGCCUAAAACGGGAUUAAUAAAAGUUUUAGUGUAUGAAGGGAAACAAGUCAUGGUGGAUUCUGGACCAAUCUAUGAUACAACCUUUGCUGGUGGACGAUUAGGUCUUUUUGUCUUCUCUCAAGAGAUGGUCUAUUUCUCUGACCUCAAAUAUGAAUGCAGAGAUGCUUGAGCAAUGGUUGCUGCAUUACCAGCAAAGUACUGUAAAUGCUAUGCAACCUAGACACCUCAGUACAUCCUGGUACUCCCAGUUUCUAUUUUUGUGUACCUCCUGUCCUCUGUCCUCGUGCUCCACUCACCAGGUACCUCCCUGCUGCCAGGAGUGCCUCAGCCAUCCCUCCACCCAAGUGCCUUCUCACAGCCAGGACUAAUGAGACCUAAACGUGAGCGUCCGACCCACCACCGAAGCAAAAGCAGA